UGGAGUGGAGACAGGCCAGCUGUCUGGUCAGGACGGGCCUUGAGACCAGGCUAAGUAUUUAGAGAACCGAAAUGCCAAAAGCAUUCAUAGCUCACAGUUCCAUUAUAAAUCCGUUUGAGGUGGGCUGGCCCGUUUUGCGUGUGGGAGUUGGAAUCUGGAUUAGGCUGUGGGAGGAGGUGGGAUUGUUGAAGGAAGCAGACUAUGGGACAUUUUCUAAACGAUGACUUGACUUGUAGAGCACCAGAUCCCUCCAGGCGAAUGGUGUCAUUUGGGGAAAGGUGUGAAAGGGGUGAUUCCGGGGGACAUGGAAACCCACUUUCUCAGGGAAAAGCUGAGACAGUGCCUGGCUGCCACCAAUUUCAGCGCUGCUCCAGCACGCCCUCUGCUGCCCGGGACGAGUCUGUCAUCCCUGUUUUCCUCUUGAUUGUACUUCGUGCUAACACCGUCGAGUUCAAAUAUCGAAGUCCAAACAGAAGCACGUCUUUCUAGGAACUAAUUUGGAUCACACUCAGAAUUGCUUCCCCUGCACUUGGGUAGACGGACGCCCCAGGCCCUCGGCCUCAUGUUGUGGGUCUGUCUUUCCUGCUGGAUCACAGUGAAGAUGGGAUGUCUGGGGGAAGAGCCCUCCCAACAAAGAAUAGAGGGAAGGGAGUACAAGGGGAGGACGAAGUUUGCCCUCGAAGGACAGCAAGAUGACUUCGUUGGUGGCCUAUGAUGACUCAGACUCGGAGGCUGAGACAGAGCCUGUGGGAAGUGUUAACGAUGCUGACCAGGGGAAGGACACGUCUGGUGUGGCCAAACCUCCCAGGCAAGAUUUUACAUCUGGUAUCCUGGACAUGAUGAAAGGGAGAGCACAGCCCCCAAAGCCUGGGUCCAAAGCUCCGAGCAACCUUCACGAAGACCCAGGAGGCCAUCCUCUCCCACUGGUCCGACUCGGGAGGAGUGAUUGGGGCUCUUGCCCCAGCCAGAGACUGCAGUGGCGUAGGAAGGAGCCUGAGGUCACCUCCCCCCCCAGCGAACCCCCUCGCCCUUCCCUGUGGACCAGCCGUGCUCUGGCUGGCCACUCGCCCCGGCCAGCUGCCUGCUUUAAGGAAGUGAAACUCUCCUGGGAAUUGUACAGCUCCCCUGUGUCCUCCUUCUGUGCUCGAACAGAAUCUGAAACCACAGGUACCAUUGGCAGCUCUGUUCAGAAGAAAAGGCAUGAGGAUUGUGUCGUACCGUAUAUCCCGAAGAGACUAAGACAGCUGCAGAUGUUAAACACAGACACAGGCCAGAGUAAAGAAGCGGAGCCACCGGGACCUCUUGCUGGGUGUGCCCCAGCCCCACUCCGUGUCGCCCCCAGAGUGUCCGAGUUUAUUCAGCCAUAUUUGGACAGUCAGUAUAAAGAAACCAAAGUCCCCAGGAGUGUGCUCUUCCACCUGAGGGGCCACAGGGGCCCCGUCAACAGCAUCCAGUGGUGUCCAGUCUUUUCCAAGAGCCACAUGCUUCUCUCUGCUUCUAUGGAUAAAACCUUCAAGGUGUGGGAUGCCGUGGACUCGGGGGCCUGCUUGCAGACCUACUGCCCGCACAGGGAGGCCGUGCGGGCUGCCCGGUGGUCUCCCUGUGGCCAGCGAAUCCUCAGCGGCGGCUUUGACUUUGCCCUGCACUUAACAGACCUCGAAACAGGAACCCAGCUGUUCAGUGGUCAAAGUGACUUUAGAAUCACCACCUUGAAAUUUCAUCCAAAAGACCACAAUCUUUUUCUAUGUGGAGGCUUCAGCCCUGAAAUCAAAGCUUGGGAUAUCAGGACUGGCAAGGUGGUGAGAGGCUACAAGGCGACCAUCCAGCAGACCCUGGACAUCCUCUUCCUCCAGGAAGCCUCCGAGUUUUUGAGCAGCACAGAUGCGUCGAGCCGGGACUCCGCCGACCGCACCAUCAUUGCCUGGGAUUUCCGGAGUUCCGCCAAGAUCUCCAACCAGAUUUUCCACGAGCGGUACACCUGCCCCAGCCUCGCCUUGCACCCGCGGGAGCCCGUGUUCCUGGCGCAGACCAACGGCAACUACCUGGCUCUGUUCUCCGCCGUGUGGCCCUACCGCAUGAGCAGACGGCGGCGCUACGAAGGGCACAAGGUGGAGGGCUACUCGGUGGGCUGCGAGUGCUCCCCGGACGGCGACCUCCUGGUGACGGGCAGCGCGGACGGCCAGACCCUGCAGUACAGCUUCCGCACCGCCAGGCGGGCCUGCACGCUGUCGGGGCACACGCAGGCCUGCGUCGGCGCCACCUUCCACCCCGUGCUGCCCUCCGUCCUCGCCACCUGCUCCUGGGAGGGGGACGCUAAGAUCUGGCACUGAGCAUCCUGCACUGCGGCACCCGGGGGUCCCCUUCUCCUCGGGGGCUGGGGGUGGCCAGGAGGCCCUGAGGGGUAGUCAGGGGGCUUUGGGCUCAUACCAGGCAGAACCUGCCGCCACCACUCCCUGAGCCUCAGUCUCCUCAUCUGUAAAAUGGGGAUAAGAAUCAGGGCCCCAAGGACUAAUAGUGCACCCAGCAGAUUGCCAGCAAUGCCCAAUAAAUGUUAGUGUUUUUACUAUUUCAUACGUUAUUUCAGCAGCAAAUACAUGUACUGCUGGCUUCCUCAUGUGCCCUCCCAGGCCUGCCAGGGCUGUGGGAGCGUGAGGUGGGCAUCCCCAACCUGCCUGGUCCUGAGGGUGCUCCCAGAAGUGGUGGGGGGCUCUGGAUCUGCCUCCAGGAACUCUGUCUGGAGCACACAGACCCCGCCAGCCUUGGAGGGCUCCGGGGUCUCUCCCGGCAGCGUGGCAGCUGGGUCCCUUGUCUGCCCAAGCCCCGGGUCCCGGCUCACCUGUACAUGUCUGCCCAGGUAGAGGAGUCUCAAGGAGCUGGCUGGGGGGGAGACCCGACUCCCCAGGGACCCAGGCAGGCCAGUGAGCACUAGAUCCUAUGAGAACCAGCAAUUGAGGGACCACCCCAGGAGCCCGAGGACCCAUGGACAGCGAGGGUGGGGUCCACAGGUGCCACACCUGGGGGAGGGGCCGUCCCUGCAGCCUUGGGGGUCUCCCUGGAGGAGGCAGACAUCGAAGUGGUGUGGCGGGCGUCCCUGGCAGGGGAGUCAGUAGGAAAUGGGCCGGGGCAGAGCGAGGCCACAGGGCAGGUGGGGGCCCAGCUUUGCUGCUCCCAGAAUCAGACUCCAGCCCAGGCCUUGGGCAGUCACCUCUGCUCUCCAAGCCUCAGUUUCCCCAUCUCUGAGCACCCAGCCUGCAGGUGGACAGCGACGGUCCAGGAGGCCAGGUCUGGGUGGGGCUGGCCACAGCCAGUGCUCUAGUCUCAGGUGGGGGCAUCCUGGCCAUGGCUGGCGGGCAAGGAUGCUUGUUUCAGCGUAACUCUCAACUUCUGCCCAAGGGGGCUCUCUGGGGCCCACAGGAAGGCCACUCUGGCAGAGGGGACGGCGGUGCUGAGGCCUGUGGUGGACUUAGCUGCCCUUCCUCCUCACCCUGCCGUCCCCGGUGCAGAGGCUGACAGCGGGUGCCCCUCGGGCCCUCUGCCCUGCUCAGGGAGGCAGCACCCUCAGUUGUACUCUCAGGAUGGCCUGAUUUGUUGAAAAUAAAGAUCAUCCGUCCCAGUCGCCUGGCCCUGCCUGCGGUGGAGGCUCACACAAGGUGGGGCCACCAGCAGAGCAGCCCAGGGGGGGAUCCUCAUGGGGCCACUCCUGCCGCCACCCCCGGCUUUCCCACGGAAGCUUCCCUGGCCGUGCCCACCUCCUGGCUCCCGCUGCACGGCCUCGGGGCCUUUGCACCCGCUGCUCCCCCCCGGGGUCCUCCCCAGCCUUUGAUCUAAGAUGGCAGUGCCCAGCGCCUCCUUCCCCCGGAUCCGAGUCCCUCCUACAGUGGGACAGAAGCUCCCCGCGGGCAGCAUCCCUGCCCCCUACUGCACCCAGGCCCCUGGCCCAAUGGGUGCCCCGUGAAUAACUGCGGGUGGGGUCUGGCGACAGGAUACAGGGUCUGGGUCAGAACUUAAACCCUGCCUCCCUUUCAUCGCCUAUCACUUCAGGUGAGCUGCUUAGCCUCCUGUGCCUCAGUUUCCCUGCCUGUGAGACAAGAACUGAGGGUACCAAUUGCAGGGGAAUAACGGGGUUCAGGUCCCUGCAGCUCUGGGCGGUGCCUGGGUGCAGGGGCAGCCGAGAGGAUUCCUGCAGUGUCGCUCGAGCGCAGGAGCUGAGCCGUGUAGUCCAGGGGGCCGGGUCUGGCUCCGUUCCCACCCCUCGCCCUCGGGUGGCAGGACCCUCCCUGCUGCCCCCGCUGUCCCUGGUGCUCUCCGCAGCAGGAUCUGCCAGCGAGGGCUCCUCCUUCCAUGGUUCCCACUGACCCGUCUCCAGAAGGACUCAGGCUGGAUUGUGUCCCACGCCCGCCCCACACAGAGGGUCCAUGGCCAGGCAUGACGGGGGCUGUGGUCUGUAGCUGCCACCAUGGAGCUGCAGGGGAAGAAGACGUGUUCCCCCAAAAGAACUGGGACCCCCUACAAGUACCUUUGGGAGGGUCUCCCCAGACCUGGCCAGGACAGGCCCUUGGCACGUGCUUGUGAAUGAAACGGUCGUGAGGCCUGAGCUGGGGUGGCCCAGCCUUCCCAGGGCGCGUCCGGACCUGGAUCCUGAUGGCCGCUUCCUAAUCCAGAGUCUGAUCUGGAUUAUGUGGCACCGGGUGCAGACUGCUUCCCCUCUCGAUGUGCCGAUGUCACGAUCGUGUCAUGUGAGUGCCCGUGACGACCCCUCUUCCUUCAGGCCGUGGCACGUCCGACAGCCCCCCCCCCCCCAGGCUGGUCUCAUCCUUCACGCUGAGCGCUCACCUUGGCUGCCCUUUGACUCUCUGGGAUGUGGAGGGGCUUUGCCGGCGCGUGGCUUCUGGGCCUCAGGUUCCUCAUCUGUAAAGUGGCCUGUUUAGAUGGCCAGGGAGGUGGUGCAGAAGGGCGUGUUGUGGCUUGUUACCCUCUGUGCUGGUUUGGAUGGGUUAUGUCCCCCAAAAUGCCAUGUUCUUUGGUGCAAUCUUGUGUAUUAGUGUUGAUCAGGUUGGAACCUUUUGAGUGUUUCCAUGGAGAUGUGACCCACCCAACUGUGCGUGACACCUCUGGCUAGGGAGGGACCUCUGAUUAUUUCCAUGGCGGUGUGGCCCUGCCCAUUCAGCGUGGGCCUUGAUUAGUUUACUUGAGCCCUCUAAGAGCUCAGACAGAAGGAGCUCAGCGCUGCAGCCAUGUUGAAGAUGGCU